GUUGCAACCUUCCCCGAAAUGGAACUCGCUCUCUCCCACUCAGUGACCAUUACACAUGUGAUCUACCGACUCGCCACGAUUCACUGAGUCAUGAAGUGCCGAUCCGUGGCUUGCGUGUGGUCAGGAGGCACAGUCCCGUCCCACCGAGUAACGGCCACCGCCGUGCUCAGCCAUCCGCCGACGCUCUACACCGGCGGAUCGGAUGGCUCCAUCAUCUGGUGGAGCCUCUCCUCCGCCGAUUCGAACCCGGAAUUUAAACCAACGGCUAUGUUGUGCGGUCAUGCUGCUCCAAUAGCUGAGCUUGACAUUUGCAAUCCUGUUGUAGUUUCUGGAGGUGACAACAAAGACCUUUCAAGUAAUGAGAAAUCAAACUUUAGCUCUGAUGCUUAUGGGGCCUUGAUAAGUGCAUGUAGUGAUGGCGUAAUGUGUGUGUGGAGCAGAGGAAGUGGACAUUGCAGGCGGAGGCGGAAAUUGCCCCCGUGGAUGGGAAGUCCUUCAAUGGUGCGGACAUUGCAGUCUAAUCCGCGCUAUGUAUGUAUCACCUGCUGUUUUGCUGAUGCCUUUCAUUUGUCUGAUCAUAAUUUUUUUGAUUCUGGGGAAUGGGGUGGUGUGUCAGUUGAUAGAGAGCCACAGAACAAGAAAGGCCCAAAAUGUGCGGUGGUCAUUGUUGACACAUACACUCUUACUGUUGCACAAACUGUUUUUCAUGGGAAUUUGUCAAUCGGGUCAUUGAAAUUUAUGGCUGUAGUUUCAUCAACCAAGGAAAAGGAGAAGGAUUUCGUGGUUGUAUCUGAUUCACAUGGUAGACUGCAAAUGUUGACAUUGGCAAAUAAUGUCCAAGAAGAGAGGAAGGUUGGGGGCGGGUUGCCUUCUUCUCAACAGGAAAUGGCUGUUUGGGUAGGGGGGAUAAGUGAAGGACAGGUUAUGUCGAUUGCAAUCUGUGGAAAUAUUAUUGCUUUUGUUUUAAAAAGUCACUGCAUAUUUAGGCUAUUCGACAGUGGCACUACAGUCGGAGAGAUCUCUUGUGUGGACAAUUUCCUUUGUAAAGAUGGUGAUUCAACUCAAUUACAUCUUGCAGGGUGUAUGUUUAUGAAAAGUGAAGAUUCUAGCCAUAUGUUAAAUACGGAAGAACCCCACGAAAUGCAUGAAAACCUGUUUUCUGUUUGGAAUAAUCGAGGUGGUUUACUUGUGUACUUAAUUUCGUAUUUGAAAGAUAUUUUUACAUGUAAGCUUCUGUACGAGAUCCCGGUUAUUUCUCAACCACAUGAUCUGAGACUAUCCACUUCUUUCACUCAGUUGAACCGUUAUAUUCUUCGCGUUGAAUCAGUUUGUAUUAAUGCUGAAGAGCCUUUACACUGGAAACCUGUUGUUACACUUUACUCACAAACUCAAAAACAUGAUAGCGAGGGAAACUUAUGCUUCACUUUUAUGAUGCAUGGACCGAGCUCUUCUUUUGUUCAUUGGACUAGGUAUUCUGAUUCACUUUGUGAAACUGAAGGCCCUGCUGAAACAGAGAGUAAACUCUGUUCUGGGCAAUGUUUUGUUGUAAGCACAAAACGUGUAUACAAUAAACAUGCAGAAAAUGGUAAUCAGCGUGUUGUUAGCAAACAUGUGUCUUCUUCAAUGGUUAUUGCUGAGACUUAUCUUGCGCCCUAUGCUAUUGUAUGUGGAUUUGUUACUGGGGAAAUAGAAGUUGUACUAUUUGAUUUGCUUGAAGGGCUAGGUUCUCAUGGUGGAAGUCCUCACCAGGAAAUAAAUUCACCUUCGUCAAGACAAAAAUUUUUAGGGCACACUGAUGCUGUGCUUUGUUUGGCUGCUCAUCAUAUGAUUGGUUCUGCUAAAGGUUGGGGUUUCAAUAAGGUUUUAGUGUCUGGAAGCAUGGAUUGCACAGUUCGUCUUUGGGACCUUGACAGCGGUAACAUCAUUACAGUUAUGCACCAACAUGUGGCCCCAGUGCGGCAGAUAAUUCUUCCUCCAGUUCGUACCGAGCAUCCGUGGAGUGAUUGCUUUCUUUCUGUUGGGGAGGACUUGUCUGUUACUCUUGCUUCUUUCGAGACUUUGAGAGUAGAGAGAAUGUUUCCUGGACAUACCAACUAUCCAGCCAAAGUCGUGUGGGAUGGUGCCAGAGGUUAUAUUGCAUGCCUAUGCCCAAAUCAAUUAGGAACUUCUGAUGUGAAUGAUAUUUUAUACCUUUGGGAUGUAAAAUCAGGUGCACGAGAGCGGGUUAUUCGUGGCACAGCAUCUCAUUCAAUGUUUGAGCAUUUUUGUAAAGGUAUCAGCAAGAGUUCCAGUUCCGACACUGUACUUAAUGAAAAUACCUCAGUUUCCUCGUUACUUCAUCUAAUUGAAGAUGGAAGUUCUUCCAACUCUAAUGCGAAUAAUUUAGAGAAUUCAGUCUCUUUGCCUGGUGGUUUAGUUGAUCCACGCACAUCCCAAGCACGUGUUAUUAGUCAAAGUGACAAGUAUGCUAUCAAAUGGUCGUGCCCUUUUCCUGGAAUUGCCGCUCUUAAUUUUGAAGUUUCUUCAUUGUGUCAUUAUCAGAAGCAUGAUUCUAUGACAAGCGAUAAUAACAAGCCAGGCAAUAAAAAGAUGAGGCAGCAGGUAACUGAGACAGUAACUCCUCACCACGACAGUCCAAAACAUGAUUAUGAUGUGGAUGCUACAUCAAAUGAUACUUCAAGUGAGCUUGAGUGGACUAUGUCACCUGAAGAAUGCUUAAUUCGAUUUAGCUUGUCUUUUUUACACUUGUGGGAUGUGGAUCCCGAUCUUGAUUACUUGCUUCUGACCGACAUGAAGCUUAAGAGACCUGAAAAGUUUAUUGUGGCUUCUGGUUUGCAAGGUGAUAAAGGAUCUUUAACGUUGACAUUUCCUCAUUUGAGUGCCAUUCUUGAGCUAUGGAAAUCAUCAUCAGAGUUUUGUGCGAUGAGGUCACUAACAAUGGUAUCUCUUGCCCAAAGAAUGAUAAGCUUGUCUCAUUCCACUUCAUCUGCCAGCAGUGCUUUAGCGGCAUUCUAUACUAGGAACUUUGCUGACAAAUUUCCAGAUAUAAAGCCACCGUUACUCCAGCUUUUGGUGAGUUUCUGGCAAGAUGAAAGUGAGCACAUACGUAUGGCUGCACGUACUUUAUUCCACUGUGCUGCUUCGCGGGCAAUUCCGCUUCCCUUAUGCGGGCAAAAAGCAACUAAUCAUGCAAAAACAAACUCUCAUGUUGGGCUUGUAGAAAACGAAGAGGGAAAUUCUAACGUACAACUAGAAGAAAAAUUCGCCGACGUGUCUAGUGCAGACCAGCUAAUUGAUACACAGGGGAUAUGUCAGGCAGAGCAAUCUAAUAUCGUGGCAUGGCUAGAAUCAUUUGAAAUGCAAGACUGGAUUUCUUGUGUUGGUGGAACAAGCCAAGACGCAAUGACGUCUCAUAUUAUUGUAGCAGCAGCAUUGGCUAUUUGGUAUCCUAGCCUUGUGAAGCCAUGUCUUGCCACGCUGGUGGUUCAUCCAUUAACGAAAUUAGUUAUGGCUAUGAAUGACAAAUAUAGUUCCACAGCAGCUGAGCUCCUUGCUGAAGGUAUGGAGAGUACAUGGAAACCAUGCAUUGCUUCUGAAAUACCUCGGUUGAUUGGAGAUAUCUUUUUCCAAAUUGAGUGUGUGAGUGGUCCAUCGGCUAAAUUAGCUGCUGGAAAGUCAGCCGUACCAAAGACCAUCCGUGACGCUUUGGUUGGAGUUCUUCUUCCAAGUUUAGCUACGGCUGAUGUGCAAGCUUUUUUGAAUAUUAUAGACAGCCAAGUUUGGUCUACUGCAUCUGAUUCGCCAGUUCAUCUGGUAGCCCUCAGGACUCUAAUGAUGGCUGUCCGUCUUUCUCCAAAAAGCCUAGCUCAAUACCUUGAUAAGGUUGUGGGCUUUAUCUUACAAACAAUGGACCCUAGUAACUCGGUGAUGCGCAAAACUUGCUUUCAAAGUUCAAUGACUGCACUAAAGGAAGUUGUACAUGCAUUCCCAAUGGUAGCCAUAAAUGACUCGUGGACUAGAUUGGCUGUUGGUGAUAUGUUUGGAGAGAUAAAAAGUGCUAGCAUUUGUGUCUAUGACUUGCAGAGUGUGACGAAGAUAAAGGUUCUUGAUGCAAGUGCACCUCCUGGACUUCCAACUUUGCUUGCUGCAGCAUCAGAAACAGCGGUAGCUACUGCCAUUUCGGCCUUGAGCUUUUCCCCUGAUGGAGAGGGGCUUGUGGCUUUUUCUGAGAAUGGGCUUAUGAUCAGAUGGUGGUCUCUGGGAUCAGUUUGGUGGGAGAAACUGACUCGAAACUUCGUCCCUGUUCACUGUACCAAACUGAUCUUUGUUCCACCAUGGGAGGGAUUCUCACCAAAUUCUUCAAGAGCAAGCAUUAUGGGGAGCAUAAUGGGACAUGAUAAACAAGUCAAUUUUCAGGACAAUCUGAAGGUUUCCAGUCAUCCGGACAGCUUGAAACUGUUGAUUCACAAUAUCGACCUCUCUUACCGGCUAGAAUGGGUGGGCGACCGGAAAGUACUUCUUACCAGACAUGGACAUGAAUUGGGCACUUACCCGUUGUAAUCAUUUUCUGGUGGUGAUGAAGGUCUCCUAUAGUUUCAAAGUUGGGUGGCCAUUGCUUCAACCAGAAGCAAAUUCUUUUAGGCAGAACAGAGUCUUUCGAUUUAUACUCAACAUAGGACCUGAUAUUUCUUACUACUGAAGCCUUUGGCCUUCAUUUUUGUAUUUCUUAGGCAAUAUUCCUCAUUUAUCAGAUGGGGAAGUCUUUGUAGCAUCAGUAGAUUCAACUAAAAACUGAUAUUAUUCAUUUGUUUAUUUGAUUUCCCGGGUUGUGUAAGAAUGGAAAUGGGAAUUAUGUAAGGAUAUACAGUUUAAUGUACAGACAUAAAAGUAAUGAAAUUACACAUCAUGUUA